UUUUAUCUUUUGUCAGUUGUCAGCACCCUGAAAACAAAUGUCAAUGUUUGCUAUUAGAAGAAGUGCAAGUGUUAGUUGUGGAAUUUUAGGUUUAAGAUUAACGCGCAGAUAUAUUUUUACGUACAAAAUGAGUGAAAAACCCGCAGAUUAUAGUUUAACCAAUGGGUUCGAAAGUAAAACUCCUUUCUUAAUAGGUGUUGCAGGUGGUACGGCUAGCGGCAAGUCAACAGUAUGCCAAAAAAUUAUGGAGAAGCUUGGCCAGCAACAAAAAGAACAAACAGAAAGGCGGGUGGUAUGCAUAAGUCAAGACUCAUUCUAUCGUAGUCUUACACCUUCUGAGAGGGUUCGAGCUGAAAGAGGUCAAUUCAACUUUGAUCACCCCGAUGCAUUUGAUGACAAGAAACUAUUGACCAUAUUAAAAGAAAUUCUUGCUGGCAAGAAAGUUGAAGUUCCUGAAUAUGACUAUGUUACAAAUUCUAUAAGCAAUCGUUCACACACCAUCUACCCAGCUGAUGUGGUGCUAAUUGAGGGAAUCCUGGUGUUCUACUUUCCAGAAGUAAGGGACCUGUUCCAUAUGAAACUCUUUGUUGACACUGAUUCAGACACAAGACUUGCCAGAAGAGUUCCACGUGAUAUAAUGGAGCGUGGACGGGACUUAGAGCAAGUACUCAACCAGUAUAUGAAUUUCGUCAAACCAGCGUUUGAAGAGUUUUGCCUGCCGACCAAAAAAUUCGCAGACGUCAUCAUUCCACGCGGAGCCGACAAUUUAGUGGCUAUUGACUUAAUUGUCCACCAUAUUUGGGACAUUAUGUACAAGAAACGACCACGUGUCAACGGUUGUAAUGGCUUCGACGAAGACGGCAGGCGCAUGUCGGGAAGCUCGGAAGAUACGCUUAGCCGAUGAGUAUUGUAUUAAUUUCAUAUGAGCGUAGUGUUAGGUUAAUACGUAGAGUAUAAAUAAGGGGAUAAGUUCGGUUUUUAAUUUUAUCUAAUUGAUGUAUAUAUACAUAUAGAUGACACACAAUCAUUGAUUUCAAUAAUGACAUUUUUAUUACGCACUUUCGAAUGACGUAUUUGUUCAAACGUACGAGAUUUUUACCAAAUUAUUGACAGAUGAUGAUAAUAUAAUCUGUUCUUAGUAAUAAAGGGCGAAAGAUCGUUAUUCACAUACAAAAGGCAGGAUUUUUUGUUUGCAAAGUAAACCCAAGAGCUUUCGGGGUAAUGUAAUUUAUAAUGCUAAAUCUUUUUUACGCUGAUACACCAAGCUAUCGAUUUUCUUAAAUAAUGUACAAUUAGAUUUAGAGUCGAGGCUCAGCGCUAAGUAUGUCUCCCGUAUGUCAAAAACGUAUAGCAUUUCAUCGUCAUAGUUAAAGGUGAGUCUCGACUCGAUCUUGGCGUAUGUUGUGGCGCUAAAUUUACACUUUCAUUUGCGUUUUUAGAUUGACUAUGAAAGUGGCUAGAAUCGUGGAACUUGAAGCGAAUUAAACCCAAAUUAUUAAUUACUUAUUAAUUAUUCUCGAGAGCUUUCUACCAAAAGUGGUCAGCGAAUGACUGCUAUAUAUUGUUGCUAUAAGCAUCUGAAAUAUUAUGACGUUUAUAUACUUCGAAUUAAUUUACGCAAAACAUUUGCAAACACUUAAGCUGUAUUAACUGUAUUUGAACUUGGUGUAUCUAUAAGACUCGUGUCAUCCAUUUUAACACAUUAACUAACACUAUGCUCAUCUGUAGGUUACCAAUAUCAAAAAUAUGUUAUAAGCUUUCCUACUAUCUUAACAGAUUUUUGUCUCCAUACCAAAUUUCCUAUGUUCCUUUACAAGCUUAGAACUAAACAGAUUUUGAUUAAUGAAAUGGCGAUUUCAACAGACAUAUUUUUGAUGUUGGUAAUUUAAGAAUAACUUUUGGGAAUUUAAACUUAGACUAGGCGAUAACAUGGACGUGUUAUAUUAUACUUGAUUUCCGAUCAAAUGAGAUUGAGAAUGAUUUUGGAGUUCAGAAUGGUUAUGCAGUAUUGGCCAAUUUAUCAUUGUUUGUACGGCUACUCCGUACGAUUCACAUUGUGAUGAAUGCUUAAGAGUCAGGCUUACUACUUAGUGAUUGUCAAAAACUCGGCUUUGAUAGACGAGAGUCAUACUUUAAGUAUGUCUCGAAUUUUGACGCUACGUACACUAAAAGAAAAGUGAUUCCAGGUUCUAUUUGAGACAAAAAAAAAACAUUAUUUUUACGAAUAACAGAGCGUAAUUUGUUCGUAAUUCGUAGUGUUUGAGUUGAAUAAAAUGUAAAAAUUGUGCAUACUAUGUACAAAUUGUUUUACACAAUAAUUGCUCUCAGAACAAGCCAGUUUUACAGUAAGUAAAAGACCUAGUGUAGACCCUAGGGCCUAGACCGUUUUUUAUUGAUGAUGUGAAAACCCUGGCUUUAAUCUGAUGUCAUAAUCGAUUAAGAGUGACGUAAUAUCGCAUUUAUGAUAUGAAUUUUUGGUCGGAAAUCCCAGUAUUUAUCGUUUAAGUUAUAAUAAUAUAUAGAUAAGCCUGAAUGUAAAAUUAUUACAGCAUUUAUGUAUCAUAUUUUUAUACAAUAGUUUUAAGAUAUAUGUUCUAUGUUCAUGAAUAUUUUAGUUAAUAAUUACAAUGUAUUGAAAUGCGUAAUUGCCCUUAAAACACUUUAAAAAAAUGGGUAAAUAUAUUAUAAUAUGCCAUUCAAUACAAAUUUCUUCAGUUCCUAUUCAAGUAAUAAAGUGCAAUGAUUUCAUUUAUUUUUAACAAUUAAAAAAUAUGCACAAAAUUUAUCGUAUUUGUGUUUGAUUUUGUGAAAAUUUGAAGUGACAAAGCCAAUAGACAAAAUUACGAAAAUCCAUAAACAAUAGACGUGUUACCGUAGACAUUGAGAAUUAAUAAACUUACAAUAAAAACAUGACCUUAGUACCGAGACUUGAUUUAUGCUUCCCGUAUGUCAAAAACAAAAUCGGUUUUGAAGAACAAGCCUUUUUAUAUUUGACCAAAUUAUCGUGUAUACGUAUACGGGUUUUAUCUUGGUCGAAUUAGUACGCUAUGUUCUUCAAGGACCCAAAGUAGAAUUGGUUCGGAAUUACUUCAGUGGGCAGCUGUUUCUACGUAGUGGUGGCGCGGCAAAAACUCCCUUUAAAACGCUCAGGUUUUUUAACAUUUCCUUAUCUACUCACUGACAAAGGGUUGUGUUAGAGUCAUCCCACAAUGUGACCUUGCAACACAAGUACACAAAUUUUAUUAAAUUAAUUAUUAGAGAGAAUAAAUAUUUUUUGUCUAAUUUGGAACACACACUUCAAAUCAAAAUGUAUAUAUUCGUUAAUAUUGAAAAUCUGAAUUUAUAUUUGCUACCAGUUUCCAAAUGAAUGACGUAGAGCGGGCGAGAAGAACAUAGCAUCUGAUUAUCGUUAACACAAUUUCGUUAUAAUUAUUUUUUACCUUUCUCUGUAUGUAAUUUUUUAAUAAGUAACGGUCUCCGUCUACAAUUUAUGUGUAUUACUCUAUUUUGUCUAUUGGCUUCUUACUGCAUGGACUGAUUCACCGAAUUCCAGUGUGUUAAAGAAUUAAUCAAAACCUCCAAGUGACUGUUUAUUUUUUAUUAUUAAGAUUUCUUAAGUUAAUUUCAAUUACCAACGGUAUAUAAAUAUUACAUUGCAUUUAUGUUAUAAAUACAGUCUCGAAUAUGUAUUAGUACAAUUGUUAUCGCUAAUAUUUUUUACUCAACGCUGUUUUCUUUGUAUGCCUGGUAUAUUGUUAAUAAAUGUAACCAAUAUAAAAAAAAAACCAACACGAAAUGUAUUAUGUAGUCCAAUAUUUUGUAUAUUAGCACAUAAGCAAUAAAUAUUUGCAAGUGAAACAUUUUUUUCUAUUUGGAAAUGUAAAAAUUGAAUCCCCUUGUUACAAAAGCGUCUACACAUAGCCUUAAAAUCAGAGGCAAUAUUGGGGAGCACCCUAGACUGCCUCCUGUGUAGGCAAAUCGUACACUAAAUUUAUUAAAGUCGAUUCGAACUUCGAGCCGAUUUCAUCCCCACCACCAUUGUCCCGAUAUCGCCACUGAUUUUAGGACCGUGUGUAGACAACUUUAAGUCGAUAUAGGGAAGCAAUUUUGAACAUAUGCAAUUAACUUUUGCCUUAAAAUUAUAAUGAAGCCAUUUUUUUAAACUUCUAAUGUUAUAAUCUUAUCUGUUUUUAAUUUACU